AUGGCCCAUCAAGCACACGCAUACCACAUAGUUGACCCCAGCCCCUGACCACUAACCGGCGCAAUCUCCGCCCUCCUAAUAACCUCUGGCCUCGCAACCUGAUUCCACUACAAAACCACCACCCUUCUUUUCCUCGGCACAACCCUUCUUCUCCUUACUAUGUUCCAAUGAUGACGAGACAUCAUCCGAGAAAGUACCUUCCAAGGUCACCAUACAACCCCUGUCCAAAAAGGCCUUCGAUAUGGAAUAGUCCUCUUCAUCACCUCUGAAGUCUUUUUCUUCAUUGGCUUCUUUUGAGCCUUUUACCACUCCAGCCUCGCCCCUGCUAUUGAGCUAGGAGGUCUUUGACCCCCUACAGGAAUCACCCCUUUAGACCCAUUUGAAGUUCCAUUACUAAACACAGCUGUUCUCCUCGCCUCCGGAGUAACAGUCACAUGAGCCCACCACAGCAUCAUAGAAGGCGCACGAAAACCAGCCCUUCAAAGCCUAACCCUAACGGUUCUCCUAGGCUUAUACUUUACAGCCCUUCAAGCAAUAGAAUAUUAUGAGGCCCCCUUUACCCUUGCUGACGGUGUCUACGGCUGCACUUUCUUUGUAGCAACUGGCUUCCAUGGCCUGCACGUCAUCAUCGGAACCACUUUCUUAAUAGUCUGCCUACUACGCCACACCCACUACCACUUCACAUCAAAUCACCACUUCGGCUUCGAAGCCGCAGCCUGAUACUGACACUUUGUAGACGUCGUUUGACUAUUCCUAUAUAUUUCAAUCUACUGAUGAGGCUCUU